AUGGCACCCAAAGUUACUGAGUGUGCCACAGUGCUCAAUUUAUGUGGCCUGCACGGCUGGUUGGCACUCUCCCCUAAUUACCUCUACUUGGGCCAUCAGAGUCGGGGUACCCAGCCCGUGUACUCCCAGCAGAGGGAGACAACGUUGCGGCACACUAUUGACCAGUUUGAAUAUGAUGGCUGUGACAACUGUGAGUCGUACCUUCAGAUGAAGGGGAAUCGAGAGAUGGUAUAUGAGUGUACAAGUUCCUCGUUUGAUGGGGUGAUAGCCCAGAUGAGUCCAGAGGACAGCUGGGUGGCCAAGUGGCAGAGAAUCAGUAACUUCAAGCCAGGUGUCUAUGCUGUGACGGUGACAGGGCGGUUACCUCCAGGAAUAUGGUGA